GUGUGAGAGACAGAGAACAGCACUCGCACUGGAAAACAAUACAUGUUAUACCACUUUUAUUGUCUCACAAGAAGUGUGAUUCAUUCAUUUCUACGUGUUGAAGAUCUUUUUUGAGCAUGAACAUGCCGUCCUUUUUAAGAGCUGCUUUAAUAAUCAUUUCUGCAUUUCAAAGUCUGGUGUUAGUUUUUCUCUAUAUAAAUACAGCAAACAAAGUGUCUUUGAAUAAAGUGAAACAGAAAAAAGGUCAUAUCCUGAUUCUUUCAUCCUGGAGGUCAGGAUCUUCAUUCAUUGGCCAGGUCUUUAGUCAGCAUCCUGAAGUGUUUUACUUAAUGGAACCAUCCUGGCAUGUAUGGGACAGAAUGUGGGAAAAUGAUGCCAAUAUUUUAGAACUACCUGUUCGAGAUCUGAUAAGAUCUGUGUUCCACUGUGACAUGUCUGUUUAUGACUACUAUUUACCAGAAAAAAAGACAAAAUCAGAUGUAUUCCUGUGGGAAACCAGUAGGGCCCUUUGCUCUCCUCCAGCCUGUGGAUUUUUCCAGCGUACAGAUAUAAUCAAUGAUAGGGACUGCAAAACAAUUUGUGGGAAACUUAACUUCAGUACAGUACAGGAAGCUUGCCAGACAUAUAGCCAUAUUGCUGUAAAAGAAGUCAGGUUGUUCAGACUGGAAUCUAUCUAUCCACUUAUUAAUGAUCCAGCUUUGAAUCUCAGAAUAAUCCAUCUUGUCCGGGACCCCAGAGCUGUCCUUAAUUCACGAGAGAAAGCCCUGUGGUCUCUAAUCAAUGAUAAUAAAAUAUUGCUAAAUUCUCAGUCAACAUCUUUAGGUAAUGAUUCCAAUUAUAAAGUAAUGGAGACCAUUUGUAGAAGUCAAUUCAGGAUUCAUAAGACAGCAACCACAGAAGGUCCAAGUUUCUUAAAGAACCGUUACCUCAUGGUCCGUUAUGAAGACAUGGCCUUUGAUCCACUGGAAAAAGUAAAGGAAAUGUACAGAUUUACAAACCUGAGUCUAACUCCAAAACUGGAAACCUGGAUCCAUGACAUCACACACGGAAGUAGAAAAGACUAUACAGAUUUUCAGAUAACAUCACGUGAUGCUAAGUCUGUUUCCCAGGCUUGGAGGAAUAAACUUUCUUUCCUGAAUGUUACAAAAGUGCAGCAAGUGUGCAAAGAAGCAAUGGAUUUAUUUGGUUAUAAGCUAGUAAAUUCUGAAAAAGAACUAAAAUCCUUUUCACUAGAUUUAGUUAACCGUGACAAAGCUCUCACUGUGAAAAACAAACAUAGGUUUUGGUAGCUAUGUUAUUUGUCACAGACUCAACUGUUUAACAGCUAGAUUUUGUAUAUAUUGUAAAGAAAUUUUCUCUGUGGAUGAUUGUUUGCUAUUGACAGUGAUCCUGUCACGCUGAGUACACCGACAUAUUCUACAUCACUGUUGCAAGUGUUUGCAGGAAUGUAAAGCUGAUUGGAUUCAUGCAUUUUAUUCUUAUCCUCUGUUAGAUCAAUUUUAGAUGACUUUUUAAAAGCUUUGUUUACUGAUUCAUUUUCUCUAUCAAAACAAUCUUAUUUAAUGUUAAUGAUGGUCUUGUAUUGAACAAUGUCAAUCAUCUCUCCUUACUUUGGACUAUUCUUGCAGUUGCAAGGAAAAGUACUGCCAGAAAAUGGAAAUCUGUUUCUACAUCAAUUUUUGGAUACUUUUUAUGCUUUCUAAAGGAAACUGAUUACAAAGACACUGGAGUCAAAGAAUACAGGAUUCACCAUAACACGUUUAUUAGUAAUCGUUGGAGAAAGGUGAUUUCUCUCUUUGGCAUUUUCCAGAUAAAUUCAGACUCUCUUGAAUGAUCUUAGUUGUUGUUAUACAU